CUGGUUCUAGAGCAACUCUCAUCCUCACUCCCCCCACUCGCCCGCAUCUUCCGGUCUUCCUCAUGGCGUCGAGCGACCUCGCCGAGAGCCUCCUCCCCGGCGGCGGGGGCGGAGCCUCCGCCUCACAUGACGAAUACGAGGAGCGCGCGUACGACUCCGAGGACAAGAUCUCCAUCGCCGUGUCGGAUUCCGACGGCGAAGACGACGGCACGCCGGCGUCGCGCCCGCCCUUCUCGUGGCGGAAGCUCUGGCGCUUCACGGGCCCGGGUUUUCUCAUGUGCAUCGCGUUCCUGGACCCGGGCAAUCUGGAGGGGGACCUACAGGCGGGCGCCGCGGCGGGGUACCAGCUGCUGUGGCUGCUCUUGUGGGCAACGAUCAUGGGCGCGCUGAUGCAGCUGCUCUCCGCCCGGCUAGGCGUGGCCACGGGGAAGCACCUCGCCGAGCUCUGCCGCCAGGAGUACCCUCCCUGGGCCACUCGCGCGCUCUGGGCCAUGACGGAGCUCGCGCUCGUCGGCGCAGACAUACAGGAGGUGAUUGGCAGCGCGAUUGCCAUCAAGAUCCUCUCGGGGGGUGCCAUACCGCUCUGGGGUGGCGUCGUCAUCACCGCGCUCGAUUGCUUCAUCUUUCUCUUCCUGGAGAAUUAUGGCGUGAGGAAACUCGAGGCAUUUUUCGCUGUACUGAUUGCAACUAUGGCUGUUUCAUUUGCGGUUAUGUUUGGUGAAACAAAGCCUAGUGGCAAGGAACUUCUGAUCGGUUUGGUGGUUCCAAAAUUGAGUUCAAAGACAAUUAAGCAAGCGGUUGGAAUUGUGGGCUGCAUCAUCAUGCCUCACAAUGUUUUCUUGCAUUCAGCACUAGUGCAGUCCAGGAAGAUUGACACAAACAAGAAAUCUCGUGUUCUAGAAGCAGUUUACUACUAUAACAUCGAGUCAAUUCUUGCACUCAUCGUGUCCUUCUUCAUUAACAUCUGUGUCACAACUGUUUUUGCCAAAGGAUUUUAUGGGUCUAAACAGGCUGACAGUAUAGGUCUUGAGAAUGCUGGGCAGUACUUACAAGAAAAAUAUGGAACUGCAUUCUUUCCCAUCCUCUAUAUCUGGGCUGUUGGUUUGUUAGCAUCUGGGCAGAGUAGCACAAUUACUGGCACAUAUGCAGGACAGUUUGUUAUGGGAGGUUUCCUUAAUCUUCGAUUGAAGAAGUGGCUACGGGCAAUGAUUACUCGAAGUUUUGCCAUUAUUCCAACUAUGAUUGUGGCUUUAUUUUUCGAUACUGAAGAUCCUACUAUGGACAUUCUGAAUGAAGCACUCAAUGUUCUUCAGUCCAUACAGAUUCCGUUUGCUCUAAUUCCUCUCAUCACCCUCGUUUCAAAGGAGCAAAUCAUGGGGUCGUUCGUAAUUGGUCCCAUCACCAAAGUGAUUAGCUGGAUUGUUACGGUAUUUCUGAUGCUUAUCAACGGGUAUCUUAUACUAUCUUUCUACAUUACUGAUGUCCGGGGUGCAUUGCUUCGCUCAAGCUUGUGUGUUGUGUUGGUUGUUUACCUUGCAUUCAUCGUCUAUCUUAUUGUGCGAAAUACUUCGCUGUAUUCUCGCCUUUGCUCAUCAACGUCAAAGAGCUCGUGAGCAUUUCAAUGUCGUCAUCUGCUGCUUUGAUGGGUUGGAACAGUGCUGUAGAUCCAUGCAAAGCUUGUGCUGCUGCUUAUUUAUUGGCUUCAGAGAAGACUAUGUAUGCUGUAUGCAUAUCCCGUGUAUGCUUGCAUUUAUGGGAUAUUUGGUAGUAGGGCUCCUUCCCUUUUAGGAUGCUAUAUUUUCACCUCCAGUCACACGUUGCAGAUAGAUUUCUUAUUUCUGAGGUUUAUGGUGAUGUGAAAAGACUACUGGCAAAAAAACUGGCAUUGCUGUUCCUCCUGAAACUGAGCAGAUGAAAUUUACUGAAUGAUCUGUAAAGCUCGAUGUUGCAGUUCUGAAUUCCAGGAGCUCAAUGCAUAUUCUGCUGAAGCUUGAA